GGCGGCGGCGGCGGAUGGCCAUCUUAAGUGGCCGCCUAGAGUCCAGGGCUGCUUCCCGGGGCAAGGAGGCACCCAAGCAGCCCCGAAGUUGAGGCCGGCGCUGCAGGCGGCGGCGGCUGCGCGGCGAAUCAGGCGGCCUGAGCGGCGGAGUGCGGAGUCCUGAUCCCUGGCUCUGUCCGGCCCGCGGAUCCUCAGGCCCGGGACCCGGGCGCGGCCCCAGCGUCGGCCCUGAACUUCCCGGGGCGGAUGGCGCGGGGUGGCAGACGCGGGCGGCGCUGAGCCCUCCGCGGGCUAUGGCUUCGGCGUGUGGGGCACCCAGCCCGGGGAGCGCGGGGUCCGGGGGCGCGCUGGGCAGCCCGGCUCCUGCCUGGUACCACCGCGACCUGAGCCGCGCUGCAGCGGAGGAGCUGCUGGCCCGGGCGGGCCGCGAUGGCAGCUUCCUGGUCCGAGACAGCGAGAGCGUGGCGGGGGCCUUCGCACUCUGCGUCCUGUAUCAGAAGCAUGUACACACAUACCGCAUCCUGCCUGAUGGAGAAGACUUCCUGGCUGUGCAGACUUCACAGGGUGUGCCUGUGCGCCGCUUCCAGACCCUGGGCGAGCUCAUUGGCUUGUAUGCCCAGCCCAAUCAGGGCCUGGUGUGUGCCCUACUGCUGCCUGUAGAGGGGGAGAGAGAGCCAGACCCACUGGAUGACCGUGAUGUCUCAGAUGGGGAGGAUGAAAAGCCCCCACUGCCCCCGCGCUCUGGCUCUACCAGCAUUUCUGCCCCCACGGGACCUAGCAGCCCCCUGCCAGCCCCUGAGACUCCCACAACUCCAGCUGCUGAGAGCGCUCCCAAUGGGCUGAGCACCAUUUCCCAUGAGUAUCUGAAGGGCAGCUACGGGCUGGACCUGGAGGCUGUGCGGGGCGGAGCCAGCAACCUGCCCCACCUCACCCGCACUCUUGCCACCUCCUGCCGGAGACUGCACAGUGAGGUGGACAAGGUCCUGUCGGGUCUGGAGAUCCUGUCCAAGGUGUUUGACCAGCAGAGCUCGCCCAUGGUGACUCGCCUUUUACAGCAGCAGAACUCAUCACAGACUGGGGAACAGGAACUAGAGAACCUGGUACUGAAGUUGUCAGUGCUAAAGGACUUCCUGUCAGGCAUCCAGAAGAAGGCCCUGAAGGCACUACAGGACAUGAGUUCCACAGCACCUCCAGUUUCGCUGCAGCCAUCUACACGUAAGGCCAAGACCAUACCUGUGCAGGCCUUUGAGGUGAAGCUGGAUGUUACCUUGGGUGACCUGACCAAGAUUGGAAAGUCACAGAAGUUUACGCUGAGCGUGGAUGUGGAAGGUGGGCGGCUAGUGCUGCUUCGGAGACAGCGGGACUCCCAGGAGGACUGGACGACCUUCACACAUGACCGAAUCCGCCAGCUCAUUAAGUCCCAGCGUGUCCAGAACAAGCUGGGUGUUGUGUUUGAAAAGGAGAAGGACCGGACCCAGCGCAAGGACUUCAUUUUCGUCAGUGCCCGGAAGCGGGAAGCCUUCUGCCAGCUGCUGCAGCUCAUGAAGAAUAAGCACUCCAAGCAAGACGAGCCUGAUAUGAUCUCUGUCUUCAUAGGCACCUGGAACAUGGGAAGUGUGCCACCUCCAAAAAAUGUGACAUCUUGGUUCACAUCAAAGGGUCUGGGGAAGACCCUAGAUGAGGUCACAGUGACCAUACCCCAUGACAUCUAUGUCUUUGGGACCCAGGAGAACUCAGUGGGCGACCGAGAGUGGCUGGACCUGCUGCGUGGGGGCCUCAAGGAGCUUACAGAUUUGGAUUACCGCCCGAUUGCCAUGCAGUCGCUGUGGAACAUCAAGGUGGCUGUGCUCGUCAAGCCAGAGCAUGAGAACCGCAUCAGCCAUGUCAGUACAUCCAGUGUGAAAACUGGCAUCGCCAACACCCUGGGGAACAAGGGAGCCGUGGGUGUCUCCUUCAUGUUCAAUGGCACCUCAUUUGGCUUUGUGAAUUGCCAUCUCACCUCGGGAAAUGAGAAGACUGCCCGGCGGAACCAGAACUAUCUGGACAUCCUGAGGCUGCUCUCGCUGGGUGACCGGCAGCUCAGUGCAUUUGACAUCUCUCUGCGUUUCACUCACCUCUUCUGGUUUGGGGACCUCAACUAUCGCCUGGACAUGGAUAUCCAGGAGAUACUGAACUACAUCAGCAGGAAAGAGUUUGAGCCUCUGCUCCGGGUAGACCAGCUCAACUUGGAGCGGGAAAAGCACAAGGUUUUCCUUCGGUUCAGUGAGGAGGAGAUCUCUUUUCCACCCACUUACCGCUAUGAGCGGGGUUCCCGGGACACAUAUGCCUGGCACAAGCAAAAGCCAACUGGAGUCCGGACCAACGUGCCCUCAUGGUGUGACCGGAUUCUAUGGAAGUCCUACCCUGAAACCCACAUCAUCUGCAAUUCCUAUGGUUGCACUGAUGACAUUGUCACCAGCGACCAUUCCCCUGUGUUUGGGACAUUUGAGGUUGGAGUUACCUCUCAGUUCAUCUCCAAGAAAGGGCUCUCGAAGACUUCAGACCAGGCCUACAUUGAGUUUGAGAGCAUCGAGGCCAUUGUGAAGACAGCCAGCCGCACCAAGUUCUUCAUUGAGUUCUAUUCCACUUGCCUGGAGGAGUACAAGAAGAGUUUUGAGAAUGAUGCCCAAAGCAGUGACAACAUCAACUUCCUCAAAGUGCAGUGGUCUUCACGCCAGCUGCCCACGCUCAAGCCCAUUCUGGCUGACAUUGAGUACCUGCAAGACCAGCACCUUCUGCUCACAGUCAAGUCCAUGGAUGGCUAUGAAUCCUAUGGGGAAUGUGUGGUUGCACUCAAAUCCAUGAUUGGCAGCACAGCCCAGCAGUUUUUGACCUUCCUGUCCCAUCGCGGCGAGGAGACAGGCAAUAUCCGUGGCUCCAUGAAGGUGCGGGUGCCCACGGAACGCCUGGGCACCCGUGAGCGGCUCUACGAGUGGAUCAGCAUUGAUACGGAUGAGGCUGGAGCAAAGAGCAAAGGCCCGUCUGUGUCCCGAGGCAGCCAGGAAUCCAGGUCAGGGAGCCGCAAGCCAGCCUCCACAGAAGGCUCCAGCCCAUUGUCCAAGUUAUUUGAAGAGCCAGAGAAACCACCGCCAACUGGGAGGCCCCCAGCCCCGCCCCGAGCAGCUCCCAGGGAGGAGCCCUUGAACCCCAGGUUGAAGCCAGAGGGGGCUCCUGAGCUGGAAGGGGUGGUGGCCCCCGCACCCAAGAACAGCUUCAAUAAUCCUGCCUACUACGUCCUUGAAGGGGUCCCACACCAGCUGCUGCCCCUGGAGCCACCCUCACCUGCCAGGGUUCCAGUCCCACCUACCACAAAGAACAAAGUUGCCAUCACAGUGCCUGCUCCACAGCUUGGACGCCACCGGCCCCCUCGGGUGGGAGAGGGGAGUUCAUCAGAUGAAGACUCUGGGGGUACUCUGCCCCCUCCAGAUUUUCCACCUCCACCACUGCCAGACUCAGCCAUUUUCCUGACCCCCAACCUGGAUCCUUUGUCAGUACCAGGGGUCCGGGGACGCAGUGGAGGUGAGGGCCGAGGCCCACCACCUCCCAAAGCCCAUCCAAGGCCCCCACUACCCCCAGGCCCCUCAUCUGCCAGCACUUUCCUAGGGGAGGUAGCAAGUGGGGAUGACCGGUCCUGCUCAGUACUGCAGAUGGCCAAGACUCUAAGUGAGGUGGAUUAUGCUCCUGCUGGGCCUGGACGCUCAGCGCUUCUCCCAAGCCCCUUGGAGUUGCAGCCACCCCGUGGACUGCCCUCCGACUAUGGCCGGCCCCUCAGCUUCCCUCCACCCCGCAUCCGGGAGAGCAUCCAAGAGGACCUAGCGGAGGAGGCACCGUGCCCGCAGGUCGGGCGGGCCGGCGGCCUGAGUGAGGCAGGUAUGGGUGCCUGGCUGCGGGCCAUCGGCUUAGAGCGCUAUGAGGAGGGCCUGGUGCACAAUGGCUGGGACGACCUGGAGUUUCUCAGUGACAUCACAGAGGAAGACCUGGAGGAGGCUGGGGUGCAGGACCCUGCUCACAAGCGCCUCCUUCUGGACACAUUGCAGCUCAGCAAGUGACAGCGGAGGCUCGGCAAAGCCGCCAACUCGGCGCCUCUCCCCUGCUACGAAGGCUGGAGUAGCUAGCCCCUGGCUAGAAAAUUCUGAGGGGGUGGGGCAAUAUCUUUCUGCCUAUUUAUUGGGGAAUCCGCAUUCCCCACUGCCCAGUCAUUUGGAAUGCCCUAAUUAGGACAUCCUGCCCCUCCCUUUUAGGCCCAGGGCUGCAGAGGUCUGUAGCCUGCAGUGUGCAGUCCUAUUUUUCUAGACCCCUCUUCUCAGCCCCAGGGGUGCAAAUGGGGUAUAGUUGUACAUCUGGGCCCCAACUUUCAUCACUGUUUUCUGCUGCCCUCCCCCGAGCCUGACCCACAGGUGGGACCUCCCCCUAAUUUCUGCAGGGGCAUCCGUCCGGAAAUGAAGGAAGAGCCCGAGGAUCGGGCUGGGGUUUAUUUAAACUAUGUGUGGGUUUGGGGAGGGAGGGCACUUUAUUAUUAUGGGUGGUGGCGGGGGGCAGGACCUCGACCAUAAAGUGCUAGUUUGCUUAGUUCUCAAUUCUCCUGGUCUGUAACACCCUGCGCUAGGAAUGCGUGGUGGCCAUGAAGGGAGAGAGGGCCCCUUGCUGGCUUCAACCGCAACGGGGUCAGGGUUCUUGCAAGCAGCCUAGUCUUACUCUGCACCCUCAGAAGGGUUGCCAGCGUUGAUGUCUUCAAUAAAUUAAGUUUUAUUUGGAUUGAGCAAAA